AUGGCUACGACUUUUUAUAGAAAUCUGUUUACUUAUUUGCCUAAUCUAAAUCGAUGUUAUGCUAUAAGAGGGUUGCUUUCGUUAGUUCAGCAACACAGAUUAGAUGAGCUGAAUAGAUCAGUUCAGGAUGAGAAAAUCAAAGCGGCUAUAUUUGCUAUGGAACCCUCCAAGGCUCCAGGGCUUGACGGCUUUCAUGCUAGCUUCUAUCAGAAAAAUUGGCCGAUUGUGGGUGGUGUGGUGUGUAAGUUCUUUAAAGAGGUUUUCAUGGGUAAGUCUUGGUUUGAUGAUCUGAAUCGAACUCUCAUUGUUUUAAUUCCUAAAGUCAGUGUUCCUGAAUCUAUUACUCAAUUUAGGCCAAUUAGCCCGUGUAAUAUGAUCUAUAAGACGAUUACUAAGGUAAUUGUGGAAAGAUUGAAACCGCUGUUUCCUGAUUGGGUUUCAGAGAAUCAAACGAGUUUUGUUCCUGACAGGUCAAUUACCGAUAAUAAUAUUAUCACUCAGGAUGUUAUUCAUUCGAUGAACACUAAAUCAGGGAGUCAUGGCUGGAUGGCUAUCAAUAUUGAUUUGGAGAAAGCUCAUGAUAGACUUGAGUGGGAGUUUAUCGAGGAUACUCUCAUGGAUCUUAAGAUUACGACCUUCUCGGGGCAUCCGUCAAGGGGAUCCGUUUUCUCCAUAUCUGUUUGUCUUUUGCAUGGAGCGCUUUGUGCAACCUCAAAUAAUCAGGUGGAUCUUAUUAAGGCGGUGUUGCAUGACAUUUGUGUAGUGUAUGGGCAUAAAGUUAGUAAUCCGAAGAUUACAAUGUUCAUUUCUAAGAAUGUCCUAUCAAAUUUAAGAACUCAGAUUAGCGCAAAGUUUGGCUUCCAGGAAGAUAUGGGGAAAUAUUUGGGUGUUCAGCUUCUCCAUAGUAGGGUCUCGGAAGCUUCGUAUCGGUAUCUUGUUAAUAUGGUGCGUAACAAACUUAGUAGGUGGAAGACUCGGUCCCUUUCGCUUGUGAGUCGAAUUACUUUAGCCAAAUCUGUGUUAGCGGUUAUUCCCUCUUAUACAAUAUGGUCUACAAUGUUGCCUAAAAAAUUUGUGGAGUUGGAGAAGUGUAUUCGAGCCUUUAUUUGGGUUCGUACUGAUAAUACCAGAGGUGUCAAUAUUGCGAGGUGGAAGGAGCCUGAUUCUCUUUGGGUGAGAUUCCUACGGUCCAAGUACAAAUGCUCAAAUAGUGUGCCUGAGGGUAUUGGUGAUGGGAGAACUGUUGACUUCUGGUUCGACCUGUGGCUCGAUAACUAUGGGCCUCUUAUUCAGUAUGUGACUUCUGCUAGCGAGAUUGGGAUGGAAAGAACUUCGGUUGCUGAUAUGGUUGAUAAUAAUGGGGAAUGGAGAUGGGCAGCUUUUCAAUCUUAUCUUCCCUUUAAUGUUCUACUCUGGGUUGCAGCUAAGAAAUGUCCUAUCGAGAGUGACACUCGUGAUAUGGUGGGAUGGUAUCUGCGGGAAGACCUUAACUUCUCGGUGAAAUCUGCGUACCCGACUCGUAUUAAGGAUUAUAGUGGUAGUAAGGAGCCUGUUUGGGGGUUAAUUCAUAAAUAUCGUGGAUUGUCGAAGAUCAAAUACUUUCUUUGGCUAGUUGGAAAGGGGCGCAUUAUGAAUAAUGCUGAGAGAGUCAGACGCCACUUCUCUAGUGUUAGCAAUUGCACAUGUUGUAUGGCUUCGAUUGAGGAUAUUGAUCACGUUCUUCGCUCAUGCCCAUUAGCUUUUACAAUUUGGGUAGAUGUGAUUAAAAGGGAGAAGCUGAAUGAAUUCAUGACCAUGGAUAUCAAGAGUUGGUUGAUGUACAACCUUGGUGAUCCUGGUUACUUUGUGCAUGCGGUAGAGCACUGGGAUAUUAUGUUCGGUGCCAUUGUGUGGAACAUUUGGCUCAAUAGGAAUGUCAUUGCUUUUGAGACUCCGGUAGAUGACUGUCGAUCGGUAAUGGAUAAGAAUCUACAUUUGAAGGAAGCUACCUGUGUUGCGCUUGCGAUGAGGUCUAGUGUGCAGGGUUUGCAACCUGUGGUGGUGUUAUUCGGGACCACAAUGGGAGCUGGUGCAACGGUUGAUAGUUUGGAUGCUUUGGCCAUGAUUGAGAAGCACAUGGCUCCCUGUGCUAAAUUGACUAUUCUUCACCACGUCUUGGAGCUGUUGAAGCAGAACUGGUUGGUGAGGUUAGAGUACAUCGCUAGAGAAAGAAAUCGAGUUGCGGAUGUUGUGGCUAAGUUGCCAAGUUUGGCGAAUUCCAAUGCGUGA